AUGGUCCUUCCGCCGCUCUGCUCGGGGCUCGGCUCCCCGAAGCCGCCCGCGCACCCUCCGCACCCCGCGGAAGCCUCCACCCCAUCCUUGGACCCCGAGCUGUCGGGGCUGCUGCCGGCUCUGCUCCCGGCGGCAGAAAGGCGGCGGGUCGGAGAGCGGAGCGGGGCCGGUGGCUGGGAGCGGCGCGGCGGCAGGUGUGCGUCCCGCCGCCGGGAGGCUGAGCCGCACGGAGCCCCCCCCCCUCGUCCCGCGCCCCCCGCCCGGCCCCCGCCCCGUCAGGACCCGCCGCGGCUGCCCCUGUCCCCCCGUCCCCGAGGAGCGACGCCGAAGAAGCGAGAGCGACUCACUCAUGGGAGCGCGGCGGGCGAGGCCGGCGACACCUCCGGCUUCCGAGGCGCCGGCGAAGUUAAUUGCACUGAAGUUCAAGUUGUCUUUUCACCCAUCAGGAGUGGGCGUUUAAAGGAAGGAGAGCGAGGAGGAGGAGGGGGAGGGGGGAGAGCCUCUCGCUCUCGCUCGCUCUCGCACACACACACACACACACACAGCCACAGGCACACACACACACACACACACACACGCACACACACACACGCACACAGACGCGCACGCCCGCCCGCUCCCGCUCUGUCUCAGCAGGAGGAGCCCGGCCGGAACGCACCAGGGCAGCACCAGGCACAACUCUCCACUGCCUCCUUGCUGAUCUCUUCUGUCUGCCUAACCAGCAUGCUCCUGUUGUCCGAGACCCGUCUCCUUUAUUUGUAUCACACCCCUGUCUGGCUGGUGAGGAAACUGUUGAAUCUGCAGACUGAAACUAUCAGAAGCCUUUCCUGAGGUGCCCCUUACUGAAAUGUUACUGUGGCAUAAUGAUUUGGAAAUAAGCUUUUGUGUGAGAAGAGCUAUCAGAUCCUCUGGGAAACAUUACAGAUACUUUCCAGUUCCUUUCAGACAUGUAAAUAUGCUUAGACUUAAGCAGAGAGUAGAGUUGGGGAGUGGAGUAGGGCAGGGUGUAGGGUGGGGUUAAAAACUUCCUCAUAGAUCCUGGAACCAAAUAAAUAUGUGGGUUGUUAUUUUUUUUUGUUUUUUUUUUUUUGCUUUGGUGUUUUUUUUUGUUUUGUUUUGUUUUGUUUUUUUUCCUUAUCUGAUGUUAGCUGGAGCUUGAAAUGGUCAAUAUUCAGAAGAAAUACUGCAUAAAUGUGUGUAUAUGUAAGAGUGAUGUUGACCCAUGCUUAAAAGGGAGGGUCAUCUUCUGCUGUUCGUCAUGGAUGAGAAACAGAACUCUACAUAAUGCUCAGAUACUUGCAUCGAUCCCAAGAAAUGCAAACCUUAUAAAGCAUGACUUGUUUCCAGCUCAUAGUGUGUAGCUAUAGCUAUAGCACAGAAACCGUUGCAUGCUACCUAGCAUUUCUCAUGAUGUUUUUGCUUUCUUCAUGAUUUGUAUUAUGCUAAGCACAUCAGAAACUGAAGAUAACAUUUGAGGUUUUUUUUCCCCCUCUUAACCUACAAGAACAGCAGCCUGACUUCUUCAGUGUGCUCAUGUGCUAUUUACCUGUGAAACCGAGCAAGAAGACUGCUCACUAGCAAAGUCUGCCCAUCACUGUCCAGCUGCCUAAUGACAUGUUAAGACUUGGUUUCAACAACUGUUCUCCAGUAUUACUGUAACUGGUUGCAGUUGAAGAUGUCAGUAAAAAAAUACAACCAGGCUGGAGUGUCCUAUGCAUAUUUUAAAUGCAAAUGGCCAUUAUCAGCUGUAUCAUAGCUUUAUCUGAUUUCUGAUCUCAGUGGUGGCUCUGUGGAAAAGACUCAGAUGACUUUUUCUGAACACAGCUGCUCCUUUCAGUGCAUUUCUGCAAUCUUUUGAUUAUCUUACAUACUAUCUGUUGGGUAGACACCAACCUCCUGAACUUAGGCCUGUGUCACCUCACUACCUGUGUCUCUCCUAAAAAAUCUGUUCAUUCAGAAGGACAUCAUGCCAAUAAUAUAACAAAUUCAUCUGUCCUUCUGCAACCUGUCUCGAGUUUCUUCUAGCCAUUCACUGGAGGUGCUUGUUUCCAGGCCCUGGUGCUGCACAGUACCUCAAAUUGUUCAGCUUCUCUUCAAGAUGGUAACUACUUUCCGCUCCACAUCUCUGCUGCAGAAGAUCUUGUGAUUACCUGAAAAAGUGAAUUGCAUCCUGUAGAUUUCCCCUUAAAACUUCUGCUUCACAGAAGAGAUCAGCUUGUGACAGAUGCGUCAACGACGUCAGACUCACUUCUCUGUUGCCUAAUUGCCCUCUCCACCUUCUGUCAAUCUGAAACUCUCAUUUCAGAAAGGAUUGAAGGAGUUGUAUUAAUAUUUGUGCUAUCCACUUUUUUCCUGCACAUUGUCUACUCCUUCUGCUUGGUGAAUGGUUUGUCUUGGCUGCUUUUAAAAAUUGUUGCCUCUAGUGAGAGACUGCCAGCUUAAACCAGUACAGAGAAGCCAGGUGACUGUCUACUUCUACAAAUAUAGGUUGUGUAUAAUAAAUUCAGGUUUUACAUCUA